AUGAACCAGAUACUAAACGCCCAAAGACUGAUACAGCUAUCACAAUUCCAUCCUAAACUGAAAGACAUAUGGUACCUUGUUGCCGCCGCCACAUUCAGCGUCUGUAAUGAGCCGCAGGAAAUACCCAAGUUAUACCACUAUGCCAUGCUACUCAGUAAUGACAACGCCCAUAUGUAUAGAUUCACAUUAGCCUUCCAAACCAUUGACUUACUACGUUCAGAUUUAUCGGUAAGGAAGAGUCUGAUCAAUGAAAAUUACCAACAACCUACUUUUUUCCAAAAGCAAUUAACGGCAAAGUUCAGGGAAGUCAUUCUCAAAACGGGGCCCUUAGCCGGCCUUCCAAGGGCCAUUAAUGGCCUCACUGUGCUAAAAGAAACCACUCCGGACAAUUUACUGCCGCAUUUAGAUCCAAUAGACCCAUGGGAGGCUGCAAUGGGUAACUGUUCUCCACUUUCAGAAACCGCUAUGAGAAGAAAACAUGACAAAACCAUUCAGGAAAGAGAUCACACCAUACAGAAUGGGUUGCGGCACUGGAAUUCCAUAUACAAUAAAGUUUCCGCCCGCGUGGUCAAUAAUCUGAAUUCCUCGUAUCCAGACUUAUGGUACUAUACACUAGUCCACGUGUAUGGUCCCUUACUCGCAUUUGAUGAAAUAAUAUCCGCCCAAGAGGCAAGCUUAGUCAUAAUUGCCUCUUUGGUUCCUCAGGACGUUAACCCUCAAUUACGUGGGCAUUUGAAGGGCGCAUUGAAUAUAGGCUGUGAUAAGCAGACCGUGGAGGCGGUGAGAGGAUUGGCUAUACUUAUAUCUCAGUGGUGUGGUGUUACCUGGAAAUCUGGUGUCGUAAAAUUAUGA